GGUGGGAGAGCUGCUCUUGAGGGGCAUGAUUUCCGGGGAGGGGGCGUCAGCGGGGGGAGGGUGUGAGCUGACUGCAGGUGGAAGUAUGGGCCGGCCUGUGUUCGGUGAUGUCAAUCCGGACAUCGACAGCGAGCGGAAAGCUUCUUCAUUCGACGUGGAGAAGUUGGUGAAUUUUCUGGAUGGCGGCGCGGACCAGACGCGCAUGCGGAGAUAUGUGGAAAAUAUCAUUAAUAAUGAUCCUGUUUUCAGUCAAGAAAAUCAAUAUUUCUUGACACCAGUUGAGCGGUAUGAAGCUGCUGCAAAAGGAACUAUACACCUGCACCGGAAGAUUAAAGAAUUAGGUUGGAAAGAUGAUGGACCAGAAGUUCAGUUUGCUUUUAGGGUUAUAGGAAGUGAAAUGGCUUUUAGAAUACACAGUGCUGUGUUUAUACCAACCAUUAUUGGACUGGGAACAGAUGCACAGAUCGCUAAGUGGGUUCCACUUGCUAAGGAUUACCGGAUUAUUGGAACAUAUGCUCAAACAGAGCUAGGACAUGGUACUAAUCUUCGAGGUCUAGAAACAACAGCAACCUUCGACACUUCCAGUCAGGAUUUUCUGCUGAACACACCCAAAGUGUCCUCAAUAAAGUGGUGGCCUGGUGACUUGGCUAGGGCAGCAAAUCAUGCCGUGGUCUUGGCUCAGCUGUAUACUAAGGGAGUGUGCCAUGGAAUGCAUGCCUUUAUUGUUCAGAUCCGCAGCCUGGUGGAUCAUUCCGUUUUGCCAGGCAUCAAAAUUGGAGAUAUUGGUCCAAAAAUGGGUUUUGAACAGGUUGACAAUGGAUAUUUGAUGAUGCAAAAUGUCCGCGUUCCCAGAGAAAAUAUGCUAAGCAGAUAUAGUAGGGUUACUUCAGAUGGCAGCUAUAUUAAAGAAGGAUCUGACAGAAUCAAUUACAUCAGUAUGGUGUUUACUCGUGUGAAACUAAUAUCUAGAGAAUUGAUACCUGCUCUUUCUAAAGCCUGUGUUAUCGCUAUUCGAUAUUCUGUGGUGAGACGUCAGUCAGAAUUAAAGCCUGGUGAAAAAGAGGCUAAAAUUCUAGACUACCAGACCCAGCAACAGAAACUUCUUCCCCAGCUUGCCACAAUUUUUGCCCUUUAUUUCAUGAGUUUGUCCUUGGAAGCCUUUUGCAACCAAGUGAACUUACAGAUCAAAACCAAGAGAGAUCUCUCAUCUCUGCUUGAGCUACAUGCCUUGUCUGCAGGCCUGAAAGCUCUAGCGUCAGAGAGCUGUAGUGCUGGAGUUGAGACAUGUCGCAGAGCUUGUGGUGGUCAUGGAUACUCCAUGUUCAGUGGUUUACCUUCUCUUUAUAGUCGGGUGGUAGCCUCCUGUACAUACGAAGGAGAAAACACUGUAAUGCUUCUACAGACUGCCCGGUUUCUAAUGAAGUGCCUUGCUAGAUUGGAUUGUGGUCAGCCUUUGCCCCAGUCUGUCUCUUAUCUGUCUGAACCUAUCUCUUCCUAUUGUUCUGCAAAGGAGAAAACUGAUUUCUUCAAGCCAUUCUUAUACACAGAGGCCUACAAGCACAGGGCACAAAGGCUGAUUAAGGAUUCUGGGGACAAAUUGCAGUCUCUUCUUCAGUCUGGAGUUGAGCAGUAUGUUGCCUGGAAUAUCACUUCUGUGCAGCUUGCAAGGACUUCAGUUGCUCACUGUCAUUAUACGGUUGUGAAGAACUUUGUCGAGGCAAUGGAGGGAUUAAAGCCAGAGCCUGAAAUCCAGCAAGUAAUCAAGAGGUUAUGUGAUCUUUAUGCAUUGACAGGCAUUCUGGCCAAUGCUGGGGAUUUCCUAUGCGAUGGCUAUAUAACUGGAAAGCAACUGGAUUUACUGACUUCUUCUCAAUUGGAUCUUCUAGCCCUUAUCCGGAAAGAUGCUGUCUCAAUAGUGGAUGCAUUUGAUUACCCCGACCAACAACUGAAUUCUGCCAUUGGUAAUUAUGAUGGCUAUGCUUAUCAACACCUCUUUGAAUGGGCUCAGAAAGCCCCCUCAAAUGCAAAGGUGGAUCCUGUGUAUGAGAAAUACCUGAAGCCUCUCUUUCAGUCAGCACAGUCCAAACUGUAAUGCAUUUAUUUGGAUUUGUACUUGUGUUCAUUUUACUGAUUAAAACUUCUAACAGCA